AGCACCACGAGCGUUGCUGCGCAAAGCUGGCCGCCGUGUUUCGCAAUUGCAGAGCUUCACAAAGUCAUGUGCCGCUCGUGAACAGACUGUUUCCGCGCUUCUUCACUGCUGGCGAUGCGCACCUUCCGUCAAACUGACUUUCAAACGGUAGAGAAUUGUGAGCGCCCAAAAUGGGCGGGAAGAAGGAGGUAGUACAUGCCAACAAUAUACAGGAGGCGACGAUCCUCAUCCAAGACAAGAACGUCCAAACCCGAGCACAGGGCUUGAAGGACCUCGCCCGCAUCAUCCAGCUCAACCGUGGGAGGCCCAACUUGGAGGCGCUUGGGAACAAGGCCUAUGCGUCACUAUGCGACACAUUGUUUCAGUAUUUAAGGGACGAGCGCGCAAAAGUCAUACAAAGCAAGUCCCCGUCGCCGCAAGCAGCGCGGAAUCUCACAUUAUGUGCAACGGCCCUACGCCACGUCAUGGACUCUGGCGUACGGACGAUCAAAACCUCGACAGUAGAGCUCUUCAUAAAGACCAUCCAGGAAGUGGCGCCAAGCAGAGACAAUCUACGUCUCAAGCCGUUUCUCGAAGAGAUACCCAAGCCGCUGCGAUCACUGCUUGAGUAUCAACCACAUGUCGAGCGUCUCUCGCUGAACGGUUGGAAUGCAGCGGUUGACUUCUGCAUCGAUGCUUUGGCUGGCUCAUCAAUAGAGGCUGAAGCCGAAGCGUCUGGAAGCUGGGGUACCAGUGUUUCCAGCCGCGGUCGCACUCCCGUCGGCUCAAAUGAGCAAUCAAUCGUGAAAGAUAGCUUUCGUGAGCUUACGGUACGAAAAAAACCGGCGGCUGACGAAAUUUCUCUGGCCGCCGCUGAAGAAUUCAUUCAUUGUCUGCUUGCGCUCGUCAAGGCGGCUAAUGCACCAGUUCUUGACAAAGCCGAAGCGGUUCUGACAGCUCUUUCUUACUUCCUGAAGCGAAGGACUGGUCGUGGCAAAGUGGCAACAGCCGCUCUAGCAGGCAUCAAUGCCAUUUUGACUCGAACGGCCUUACAAAAGCUUGACCUGUCGAAACGCAUCAUCAAAGAACUGCUACCCUCGAUGAAAAUUAUGUGGUCUGAGCCGGCGCUUCGUGACGAAAUGCUGAUUACUUUGACAUACACGGAACCUCAUCUCUCGAGCCUUGUAGCUGACCUUGAUGAUACCACAACAUGUCUCGAUCUUGAAGCAGUACUAGACACGAUGUACGCAGACUAUCGAACGAGGAAGGAGACUAUGCAUCAAUACCUCGAGGAAGAUCACCUUUGCUUUCGCUAUCCGAGUGCGACGAACGCAGGCUCUCAUCCACUUAGCACUCCGGCAUUUUCGAUGGAAACCGAGCACCUAAAGUCUGAGGGUCUUUGGGCGACUGUGUGCACGAUUGCACGCUUCUCGUUGAUGCUUGAUAGAAGGAAACGAAAAGUGGCACACAAUCGCGAAGCCGACGGGGAAAGUGUCCCCAAGCGCGCCCGUAUCAAUCUAUUGUUUGAUGAGUACACCCGACAUCUGGCGGAGCCGCGCUCCAAUGCCAGACGAGCUGCUCUGCAAGUUAUCGCAUUUUCAGUACAAGAAGGGCCCGUCGAUAAAGACACACUCCAGUCAUUGAUUGACAGGCUCACUCUAUGCAUGGCCGACGAGAAUGCGACACAUUCUACAUGGGCGAUGAUCGCUUUGACUGCUGCUGCGUUCCAGAAGACCGCCCAGCAUCAUGCGCUUCUGCCUUUCUGGGUGUCUGUAUGGCAAAGUGCAUCUCGGUCUGUGGCUUCUCCUUCAUUGUCUCGCACUGCAUGUCAUCUUAUGGAUGUCCUGCUCAACCUUGAAAUUGUGCCCUUCACCGAUGUUUCCGACAACAUUCAAUCCAUGCUCCUCUCCAUCGAAUUGGCUGGCCCAUAUCUACUCACAGAAUCGAGCGCCUCCUUGCUGACCACUAUCAUGCGCGAGCGUAUGAAGGAGAACCCAACUCAGUUCAAUCAAACCGCUGCGAAAAUCAUUAGCUGGGUUUUUAUCAAGUGGACACCCAGCCUUUGGUCCGAAAGAUCGUACGCUGCUACAAAUGCAAACCAUUGCACUGCUCGAGACGUCUUGCAGUUGCUGUACGCUGCUUUGGACCUGUUACCAAGCCUCCCCGACCCAUCGCCUUCUCUUGUCCUCGGAGCCGUCUCCCGGGCCAGAGUAUGGAACGCUCGCUAUCACGCACUUGCGCAUUAUCUUCUUUUGCUCGGUACCGAUGAGGCGUAUCUCACACAAUUGCCCGAGCGGCAUAGCCCAUCACACCUGCCUGAUACAAAACACCAACCUUCAAAUAUAGAAAUCAGAAUUUUGGAAUACUGCUUGUCAGAAGUAGACAAGACGAGAGAGCGCUGGAAGGAAGCCUCCCAGUCAGACAUCCAGAAUGUCACAUCAGAUAUGAUGCGGAUCAUCACCAACCUCUGCAUCAUCGCACAAGCGUUCACCAGCCUUGGUAAUCCCAAGGAUCGUCGAGUAGAAGCUCUCGAGUCAUCCAUUGAGAGACUUGUGCGCACGUUUGUCGGCACAUUAUCGAAACCACAGACAGAGCAGUACAAGAUCGACGCUGUACUUGAGACAUGUGCUAGAAGCCUCCCUGAUCUGAGCUUAUGCGGCGCACUCAAUAAGACUGUUUUCAAGCAGACAGGGGUCGAAGUUAUUUCACGCCAUCUUUCCGAGGCUCUUGACAUUCGUAUCGAGGUCAAGCAUUCAAUCAACGCCGUAGAAGAUGAUUUCAUGGACAUCGAUGAUGGCGAUGAUUCCCAAAUGACCUCCAAUAUGGGAAGCCUCGACAGCUUUGUGCCGCGAUACGCUGAACAAGCCGAGACAGAUAUCCUCGCCCUACGCGCGUCAACUUUAUCGUACCUUCAUCUCAUCGAGGCAAUUACAAACAGUACGGAUCAAACCGAUGGCCAGAUUCCCCACAGCUUUGUGAGAUAUCUUACAUCUUUAAGUGAGAACGAUUUGCUGCGCUCUCGCCAAUUUGUUCGGUCCCUUCUCCACAGCGGCUUCAAACUUUCGCGGACUGACUGUUCAGACUUGCUUGAACGACUCAGUGAUGCCCUCGUGGCACCUCGUGCGCGCGAGUACAAUACUUCCGAGGUAGCUAACGGCAUGUUGGUGGAAUUCCUCAUCGGCACUGCUCUUGUUUGGGGCCCAGACGAAGACGAAUCUGAAGCCGAGUCUCUCUAUAACACCGUCGAGGAUAUGUAUGAUUAUUUUGUCGAGGGAUUGGAAGAUAUGGGGGUCAGACGAUCAACAUAUCUCCAAGAAACCAUUGCAGAUCUCUUGCACGGUCUACUCAAGCACUAUCCAAACUUCGGGCGCGACUCCAACCUACCAUCCGUCAGAACCAGCCUUUUCAGACUGCUUGCCGAGGGCGAGAUUACCGUCAAAUACCAUAUUGCUGAACGUUUGCCGUCAAUGUUCGGACACUUCGUGUUGGCUGAUCAUACCAAGGUCCUUCAAGACGUCGACAGUAGCCUCCCUGGCGAAGGUGACGGUCUGGAAGGGAUCUCUCUUCAACUACUUGUCUUGUCAAAUCUGGCAUCACGAUGGUAUACGCUACUACGUUCAAGUAUCUAUCGUAUCUUUGCGACAGCUGGGUCCGUCGAACAAGCUGCUCGACACGCUCAACGUUGCAUUUCUAGUGUCGCGGAGGCCAGGAAUAUCGCAAACUCGCAGCAAUUGUUCCAGCUUUUUGCCCCACAAAUUCUUUUUACGUGGCUGGACCGAGGCAAUAAGCUCGAAUCCAUACCGUUCUUGACAUUUGGUUAUACCUCUUUGGCAGACCUAAUCCGAGAUGUCGAGGCGGAAACUGUGGGCCAAGCAAUGAUGUUUGGCCGAAAAGAGGAAGUCGAGUACCUGGCGGGGCUGUUAAACACUUCUAAGACGGAUCUACUCUGCAAAAAUAUCGGCAAAGCAGCAGCCUACACGAUCUCAUGGGACAUCUGCAGAGGCUGCGCGCAGAAUAACACAGAACCUAGCUAUGCCGAUCUCCUCAAGGAAUUUGUGAGUAGUGAGAAGUAUUUCGAUCUUGUUCAAAAGCAGUUCCCGCAGGUUCUUGCCUGCAUACUGCAGACAAUCGAUCGAGAGGACCGCUUGGGAAAGUCAUUCGAAAAGAAGCCUGCUUUCACACCAGCAGCGGAAAUUUUGACUGAGAUGCUCAACAUCAGCCACUCGUCACAGGAUCUUGAUGCUCCAACCGAGCCGUCCUUCAACGCUUAUUAUCUACCAGACCAGCUUGAACGGCUUUGUCGACGAACAGGUGACGACCCUGUUGGGUUUUGGAAUCCAAAUACGUUCACCUACGUAAUGCGCACUUUGUUGGACCGUAUCCAUCCUGCGCUCGGUUCCCUAUACGCUCGAUCCAUAAUACGCAAGAUCCGAGUUGUAAUCGCUCUUGCCGGACCCGUCGCUUACGAAGGCUACCCACUACAGAUGACCUUGCAGUCGCUACGUCCAUUCCUCACCGAUGUUCAUUGCGCAGAGGACACCGUAGGCAUUAUGCAAUAUCUCUUCGAUCGUGGUUUCCAAUACCUCAAGCAGCACCUGAAUUUCGUAACCGGCAUUGGGGUUUCGAUACUGGUGUCCAUUCGAGUCUUCCUCGGCACCGCACAGGACAGCACCACACAGCAGUCACAACACGUUGCAACCAUGACGACAGCCAAUAGAUUCCAUACAUGGCUUACGGAGAACCUAAAGACUCUCUCUGAAGCCAUCUCACUGAGCGAAAGGCCAUCAGUCGUCAGGGCGUUCAAGUUCAUCACUACUGCUGCGUCGAAGGUGCGAGCGGAAGGUAACUCAUCUCGCGGGAGUGAGGAGAGUACGCUUCUCGUAGAGAUCCUGAACGAUGUGAGAACCGGUCGCAAAUUACUGAACAAAACAUCUCGCGAGGUUGCACUGAAUCUGCUUUGCCAAAAUUUCCAACUGGCAGCCACAGCUCGAGAUGAUGUGCUCGGCAAAGAUCAGGACGCUGUUGAAUAUGCCGGACUUGUCUGGGAAUCAUGUCGAAGGCCCAAUGUGGGUGAAGGCUACCUGCUAUGGGCUGCACGAGUUCUUGGACGAGCAUUUAGUGCACAAGGUAUAGUUAAACAAGCAGUGACUGCAUCACGCCGCCGGGUAUCUGCCAUCCAAUCCUCGAGAGCUCCUUUGGGCGAAAAUUCGAAAGAGACCAUUAUCAAGGAAGUGGUCGACCUCUUUUAUAGCGACGAGCGUCGCGAGGUCAGCUUGGCUGAGAAUGCUAUCAGACAUCUGAUCGCCCAUGUGCCAAAGAGCGAUCAACAGUAUGAGACCAACGUUUACAGUGCAAUACCAGAGGCCAUAGGCCGCGCGCUCGUACUCUACAUUCCGGACCAUUCAAUGUCAACGCUCAUUGCGUCCAGCGAAGCUCCGGAGUUUGCAGCUACUCCAACAGAAGACAAGACCGUAGCUGUGUGGGUCAGAGAUCUUGCCGUAUCACUCUGCGCUGUUGCAUCCGAAGAUUCAAUUCUCGGAGCUUUGCCUGCUCUUCUCCACGGCAUCGAGCAUAUGGCAGAGAGACUGUUUCCUUACAUCCUCCAUCUUGUGCUAUUAGCCGAGUACGAAGAGGAGCGCAGCGUCCGAAAUGCCAUUUCAACGGCUGCCAUGGCUUGGUUUCACGAUUGCAGUCCUAAGAGAGAACCUUAUGUACGUAUCAUCUUACAAGCUAUCUUGUAUCUACGGACACAACCAGUUCCCAAAGAAGUUACUCGAGUGGAUCGAGACCUGUGGUUGGAAAUCGACUACCUUGCGGCAUCACGAGCUGCUACCUCUUGUGCGAUGUACAGGAGUGCAUUGUUGUUUGCAGAGACAUCUUCAAGUCAUCCUGUGAUCAAAACCACUUCAAGAAGGUCAUCGGUGGUAAUGCCACCCCCAAAGCUACCGGCAGAGCUGCAGCUUGUCAUCUACAAGAACCUGGACGAACCCGACUCAUUCUACGGCAUUGACAGAGGCUCAGGUCUCUCAGCUGUCUUGGACCGUCUCGAUUAUGAGGAAGACAGUAUCAAAAGCCUUAUUUUCCGUGGUGCUCGACUUGAUAGCCAGAUGCGUCGCCGCAACGAGCUUGAACUUUCCGACACGCGCGGUACAGUCAGGUCCCUUAUCAUGCUCAAUAUGAACAGCGUUACGCAUUCGAUACUCCCGACUGAUCGUUUUCGCGACACAGGCGAUGAGGCCGUAGAAAGUACACUCCACACUGCUCGUAAGUUAGGACAAUGGGACAUCAAAGCGCCUGAGACGAACCAUAGCGAGUCCGCAACGCUGUUCAAGGCAUUUCAAGGUCUUCAUAUGGCUAAGACGCCCACACAAGCACAAGAGGACUUGAACCAACAGAUGAUCGCAACAAUGAACUUCCUCACCGGCAGGAUCAGUUCUUCAGUUCCGACGAAAAGCCGUCUACGAACCCUGGCGGCGUUAACGGAAGCGGACGAGGUGCUCCGAGCCGACAACCCGGAGUACUUGCUUGACGUUUGGGAUGGUAUGAAGGCUCGAGAGAGAUGGAUGGGAGCUGGAGAAUAUACUGAUGUUCGUCAAUUGCUGUCUUGUCGCGAGACUCUAUUCAAUGUUUUGAGUACGAACAGCGUUCUAGUUGAGUCGUUGCACACACGCACUGCAACCAUACGCAACAUGGAAGUCGAAGCUCUGGUCUCCUCCUCUUCGAUCAGCAGACGACAUGGCGCAAUCCAAGAUUCCUUGGCCAGCGUAACUUACCUGUCCGACAUCGUGCAAGAGUGCAAGAGCGUGGGUCUGGACAUCGAAGCUACAGCUCAGCAUGAAGUGGCAAACGUUCUCUGGGAACAAGGCGAGACCGACACUUCUAUACGUAUGCGUCAAAACCUAAUUAGCCACGCAAGCUUCGAUUCACAUAUGGUGGAACUGACCUUACCGGUACUACUUGCAAAAUUGGGUCAUCAUCUCGCCGAAGCCCGACUUGCAAAGCCAGAUGCGAUCAUGCAAGAGUAUCUUGAGCCAGCUAUUCGCGAACUGAGGGGUCAAGAACAAGGCGUAGGCCCAGGACAGGUGUUUCACGAAUUCGCACUGUUCUGCGAUAAGCAGUUGCAAAACCCAGACGCAGCGGCAGAUUUAGAACGCAUCAAGACUGUCAUGGACCGAAAGUUACAAGAACACCAGGACUUUCUCAAACUUGCGAAGAGCGAUAAGAGCAAAAGCAUGCGAGAGACAUAUCAACGCAGUGCGCGCCGCGCAAAGACCUGGUAUGACCUCGACAACACCGAGUACGAGCGCAUGCGCAAGGGUCGCGAGCAAUUUCUGCGACAGUGUCUCGAAAAUUACCUUCUUUCUCUGGCGGCGAGUGACGAGUAUAACAAUGACGCUCUUCGCGUCUUCGCCCUCUGGAUUGAAUAUGCUGACACCGAACUCGCGAAUGAAGCCGUAAAACUGUACUUGAGCAAGGUCCCCAGUGGCAAGUUUGCUCUGCUCAUGAAUCAGCUAUCGUCUCGAUUGCAGAACGAGAGCACACCAUUUCAGAAGCUUCUGUUGGGAUUGGUCUACCGGAUCUGCACCGAGCACCCGUAUCACGGCAUGCAUCAGAUUUUUGCGAUACAGAUGAAGGUGGGGCCGAUCACAAGGGAGGAUGUUGCACGCUCCAAAGAUGAGUCAGCAAGGUCCCGCCAAAAGGCUGCGAUAGAUUUAGCCAACCAUCUCCGGACGGACCCGCGAUCGAGAUCUUACUGGAGCUCGAUCUACCAGUCCAAUGAGAUUUAUCACAACCUGGCUAUGUUCAAGAGUGAGAAAGAGAGCACGCAACAAGGACGUGAGCUGCCACUCGAUCGCUACAAAGAAUCGAAGGAGCUGGCCAGUAUUGUGCCGAAACUGAAUGUCCCACCAGCCACGCUACAAGUCGAAGUCCGACCGAACAUGGAUUACACAGAUCUGCCAAGGAUUCAAAGGUUUAAGUCUACCAUGAGUAUCGCAAACGGUCUCAGUGCACCGAAGGUCAUCACAGCGAUUGGUACAGACGGUAAACCGUACAAGCAAUUGUUCAAAUCGGGCAAUGAUGACCUUCGUCAAGAUGCAAUCAUGGAACAGGUGUUCGAUCAAGUGUCUCGACUUCUGAAAAACCAUACAGCCACACGCAUUCGAAACAUUGGUAUCCGAACUUACAAAGUUCUUCCACUUUCCACCCGUUCUGGGCUGAUGGAAUUUGUACCGAACACACUACCACUGCACUCCUGGGUCAUGCCCGCUCACGAAAAGUACUUUCCAAACGACCAUAAGUCGGACAGAUGUCGGAAGGAGAUCGGUGCAUGCCAGUCUGACUCUCUCAGCACACGCGUCAAAGUUUGGAAAAAGGUAACCGAAAACUUCCACCCUGUCAUGCGUUACUUCCUACUCGAGCGAUUUGAGGAUCCAGACGAAUGGUUCGAACGUCGCUUAGCGUACACCCGCUCGACAGCUGCGAUUUCCAUUCUCGGACACGUUCUCGGUCUCGGCGAUCGUCACUGUCACAACAUUCUGCUUGACGAGAAGUCGGGGGAAGUGGUACACAUCGAUCUCGGCGUUUCGUUCGAGGCGGGUCGUGUCUUACCUAUCCCUGAAGUCGUACCCUUUCGCCUCACUCGCGACCUCGUUGAUGCAAUGGGCUACACUAAAACUGAAGGAGUGUUCCGCCGCUGCUGUGAGUUCACCAUGGAUACUCUUCGCGAGGAGCGCGAGUCCAUCAUGACGCUGCUCAACGUCUUGCGAUAUGACCCUCUUGUCAACUGGAGCGUUACACCGACCAAAGCGAAGCGGAUGCAAGAAGGCGACCCAACCAAUACCACCCGUGGACAGAGUGUUGCGCCAGGUGGCACUCCAGCACCCCCUGGCUCGGCUCUCGAACAGGCAGAAGCCGUGCACGAGAGUCUGAAGAAGAAGGAGAGAGAGGAACAGGCUGGUGAAGCAGGCAGAGCAUUGAGUGUAGUCGAAAAGAAACUCAGCAAGACUCUAAGCACGAAGGCUACGGUCAACGAACUGAUCCAGCAGGCGACGGAUGAGAAGAAUCUGGCAGUCUUGUACAUGGGAUGGGCUAGUUAUGCCUAAUGCCGCAGACGAUGUUACGUUUCAAUGAGGUAUUUUGGAUCAGGACAAGUAGCGCAUAGCCGUUGAAAUAUACAUAAACUCAA